AUGCUGGCAUCGUUCGUGGCCGUGGCGCUGAGCACUGCGUUAGCUGUGCAAGGCCAGAGCUUCUCAAACCCCAUAAUCUAUGAGGAUUUCCCCGACAACGACAUUUUCCGGGGUCCAGAUGGAUCUUACUACUUCUCGGCAUCGAGUUUUCACUACUCGCCGGGGGCGCCCAUCUUGCAAUCAUGGGAUCUUGUCAAUUGGGAAUUGAUCGGACACUCAGUUCCCACCCUUGAUUUUGGCUCCAAUUACGAUAGCCAGUCUGCAUAUAAUCUGGGGACAUGGGCGUCGACACUCCGAUACCGUGAAAGCAAUGAUCAGUGGUACUGGAUUGGGUGUGCCAACUUCUGGACCACCUAUGUCUAUACCUCUCCAUCCGCCACGGGGCCAUGGAAACAGUCAUCCAGUUUCCAACCCUGCUUUUAUGAUUGCGGCUUGUUGAUCGACGACGACGAUACGAUGUAUGUGGCGUAUGGAAGCAACAAUCGUGGUGCGGACUCAGCAGGUAUUUUCGUUUCCGUCUGA